AUGAAGGAGCUGCGUAGCCUCGACAUCUCGCAUAACGCUGUCGAGAGUCUACAGGAGGUGGCGACGCUGUCAAAUCUGCUGGUGCUUAAAUGCUCCAGCAACCAAAUCGCCGAUCUGAGCUGGAUCGCAGGACUAAAUCAGCUGGAGGAACUGUGGAUUCGAGACAAUCGCGUCGAGAGUGCGCAAGUGGCGCAUUUGCAGCAGCUUUCCGCACUCCAAACGCUGGUCAUCCAUCCGAAUCCGUGUACCGAGCGAGGUGACUAUGUGUACGGCCUCGGUCAUCUAAAUAUUUUUCUACUGAUAACUUUAGUGCGUGUUUAA